GGGUGAGCAGGAUCCCCGGCAGCGUUAGAGGAAGCAGGCGGAGUUUACAGUCUUUAGGAGGGUUUUAGCUGUUCUGGAAUAAAAGUGAAACUUUUCCGACAUCAUGAACGGAUCUGCACACAGCGCGCCAAGUGAUGUUGAAUUCACGCUGAAAAGAGGCCCGGCCGGUCUGGGGUUUAAUAUAGUGGGUGGAGUGGACCAGCAGUACAUGAUGAAUGAUAGUGGGAUCUAUGUGGCAAAAAUCAAAGAAAAUGGAGCGGCUGCGCUGGAUGGACGUCUGCAGGAGGGAGACAAAAUUCUUGCGAUAAAUGGCAGAAAGCUGGACAAUCUGUCUCACGGUGCAGCAGUGGAGCUGUUUCGCUCUGCAGGAGAGGACGUACAUCUCUGCAUUCAGCAGCGACCUGUCCUGCAGAACGGCCCCACCAGCUCUCGAGCCGACGGAGAGUCUUCCUCUGCUUUGGGCACAUGGACACUGUUUGCUGUAGUCACUCUGGCCGUUGUGACAGCCAGUUUCAUCUCUUACAAGCGCUUUCAUCCCCGAGGGCCCCGGGGCCCAUUUUAACUCAUCACAUUUUACAGACUAAAGCUUCUCUUUAUUUUUUUCUUAGUUUUUCCCGAACUGUUCUGCUGAGGGCCCAAAAACAUUAACAUGGAGGGGAAAAAAAUGGAAGUCCAGUUAAUGGAGGGAGAAUUUUUGUUAAUUGAUUAUUCCAUGAGAUGACGACACACACAUGUAGCUGUAACAUGUUUUCACAAUUCAUUCGGUGAUGAUCAUUGGCGUUCACCCAGAAUCCCCAGCAUGCCCGACGAUGACAUUGUACGGUUAAAUGAGGGAUCUGGACGGAUGAGCACUGUGUUUGAAUGGGAAGUCUCCGUAAAGUGAACUAGACAGAAGGACUGCAGGCGGGAGAUGGAGGCCGAGGUGGAGCAGCAGACAGACCCGCAGAGGAACGAUUUUAUUCUUUCAGAGCGCUGGAAUGAGCCUGAGGUAUAACAGAUUAUACUUGAGGUUUUCUCAGGUACCUGCUUGUGCAAGAGUAUGUUUUAAAGUAUGCAUGAUGUGGGUUAAUUCUGUCUCUUUUUUUAUUCUUUAAUUUCUCACUCAUCCAUGUUUGAACAUGCUUUUCCAUGGCUGUGGAAGUAGUGCUGGGGCAGAGGUUUGGUAUCUUUAUUUGCAAUCAGCACUAGGCCUUGUAUUGUAUCUUCUAUUCCUCCUUCAGGGAAAAAACUAGAGGUUGCACUAAUUAGAAUUCACAAUCAGAAUGGAAAAAUAGAUUUAUUGUUGAUGUUGUAUAUGGCUUGUGUUUGUGGAAUUGUCUCGUACAUUAAUGUUUUUUGCACCUCUCUUAGCUCGUGCCUUUUGCCACGUUGAUCUGCUGGUCUCAGUGCUGCUCUCUGUCUGCAAGUUGAGGACCGGCAGCUCCUGCUGUUUCUGACUGUAACGUCUGCUCUGUACAUUACAAAUGUGUUUUUGUGUUGACAACAGGGUUCUUCUGUAGGUCUGUGUGGAUCAAUCCAAAUGUAAAGUCUUCAUUCAUGAAAUGCUCAUUCACGUUUCACUGUUUAAAUAAUGUUGCAUUCACAUGCAUUGUGCAUUGAAUAAAUCAUUUGUUUGAAACAAA